ACCCUGGCCACUUUAAAUAGCUGCCCAACCCUCGGUUGCACCACAACCACCACGCCAGUCUCAGAAUGUCUAGGAACCAAAAGCAAGCCGUGCUCUUUGUGGCGCUGCUGUGCCUGGACCUGCGCACCCACGUGGGCUCCGCUCCGAUCUGUCCCCAUGGACACACCGGCUGCCACAUCCUGUCUCUGGCCGAUCUCUUCGACAGGGUCAUCCAGCACUCAGCCAGACUGCACGGGCUCUCCAGUGAUUUGCACUCAGAGUUCGAACACUUCUUCCUCCCCAGCAAAAACCACAUCGGCAGAGUCUAUCGCAAGUGCCACACAUCCAGCAUACUGACUCCUAACGGCAAGGAAAACGCACAGAAACUAGCUCGUGAGGAGCUGACAGAGGUGAUUCUGAAGCUGCUAACGGCCUGGAGAGAUCCCCUGUCCCAGCUGCACCAGAGCAUGGCCCACCAGCAGGACUUCAACAGCUUUAGCAGCAACAAAGCUCUGGAGUUGAGUGACAUGGUGCAUGAGCUCAGGAAAGGAGUGGAGAAAGUUACAGAAAAGAUGCAGCUGCUGGGGAUGAUCAGUAACUCAGUGAAUGGCCUCUCAUCUUCUGAAGCCCUGCUUCCUGCCUCCGAAAGUGGAGAGGCUAUGAGCGAUUAUGAGCUCGUCUACUGCUUCCGCCGUGAUUCGGACAAAGUCCAGAACUACCUGAAGAUCCUCAAAUGCAGAAUUGUACCUGAGCACGGCUGCUGAGGACCGCUCUUCUGCACUGCUGGACUGCGCAUGUGCUUGUUGCACUUCAUAUAUCAAGUCAAUUCUUGAUCUUCCACCAAUUAUGUGUACAUUUGAUUCUCAAAGGAAGGCACCUGGGAACCCGUUUUUUAAGGCUUAAUGUGAUAAUCUAAAGCGUUUGAGGUCAAUUAGUUUUACCUCAGGAGCUUCUGUAAUGUGGUUUGUAAGGGCUGACUGAAAGUAUCUGUGUAAUUUCUCCUAAUUACUACAGCACAGACUGAAAUAUAUCAUAGCCUGGAUGUACCUGUCAUUGUUACAUGAUGGACUUGUACCCUGGACUAGUUUGAGAAAUGAAAACAAAACAGUCAGAAAAAUCUUGCUUCUUUUUGGGCUGCAUUUUUGAGAAUGAGAGAAAACAGCUUUGCAAAUCUAUUGUUUUAUUAUGCUCUCUUGAAAAGUGAAGGUUUACAGUGGUCCUAUGUUGGAAGUACAGUUCCAAGAGGAAUUUGUAAUUGGCAUAGGGCCUUUAUAUCUUGGACCCAUUCCAAAAAGUUGGGACAGUGCGUGAACACUUAAUAAGCACAGAAAGCAAUUUCUGUUUGAUCUGUAAUAAAUUAAAAAUAGUA